AUGCCGAGAGAGAGGAACACAAAUUCGCGGCGCCGCCAUUCGCGCCAUCCGGAGGACGAACAACGUCGCCGCCAUCGCCACCAUCACCACCGCCACGAUCGCCCGGCUAAUCCGGACCCAGGUGAGCACCCAAACACCGCGGCUCCCGCCACGACGAUGCCCGCAAUAGAGGAGCUGCACCUGGCAGGCAACGCCACCAGUCCUAGGCACGACUCGCGGCCACCGACGCCGACAGGCACGGUCGCCGCCGACACGGGGCGCCCACCGCGUCCGCCAUCAGCCGCGCCCGCUGCCACCGGACCCACCGCACCAGCGACCACCGCCGACAGCGACGCCCCGCCGUCGCCCGCGAUCAGCCCCACCUGGUGUGAAGGGCUAACCUACGAGGACGUGGUGGCAUCUAUUUUUGAGGCAGAAGAGGAGCCGGACCCAGCCGUCCCCUCGGUCCCCGUCUCGCCGACCCCCGUGGGCCCGCUGGGCGCAACUUAUGAGGAGGUCUCCGAUGCUGAGGUGGUGACUCUCAGCUCGGACGACGACGAGCCACGGGGCGCGGCAAUGGAGACCGUCGUCCUUCUCGACGAGGAGGAAACCGUGCCGUGGGUACCGCCCCAUCAAGAAACGCCGCCACCCUCAUACGAGGAGCUUUUCGGGCCGGGCCCGUACCCGGAGCCCGAUCCUCCAGCAUCAGCCGGGGUCAGCACCGCUGCCACCAUCGCGGUGCGGGCCACCGGCGCCGCUGCCGCCGGCACACCCAGGCCCGCACCCAGUGCCACCGACGCAGUCGCCAAGGAGCAGGCCACGCCCACGUUCAUCGCCGCCGACGACAUCGCCGACGCGGCAACCGUCCGGGCAGGAGCCAGCACCCCCACGGGGGAUGACUUACUUGCGCUCCUGCUGGGUAAGCUGGCUGCGUCCCCAAACGGACCCACCACGUCCGCCGCAUCCCAGCAGCGGGAGGCAGUCCGGGCCGCGGUCCGAACGAUCAUGGCCACGAUCCCCACGGCGAAGGCCGCCGGCAUCCCGCCGGCCGCCACUGCCCAACCCGACGCAGCCGCCGGAUCGGCCGCCGGCAUCCCGCCGGCCGCCACCGCCCAACCCGACGCAGCCGCCGGAUCGGCCGCCGGCAUUCCGCCGGCCGCCACCGCCCAAUCCGACGUAGCCACCGGAUCGGCCGCCGGCAUCCCGCCGGCCGCCACGGCUCUACGAGACGCCGCCACCCAAGCGGCCGCCCAACCGGACGCCGCUGUCACGACGCGCGCCCCGACGCCACCCGACGGCACCGCGGCCACCGCAGCCGUAGCUGCCGUCCUGCCACCCAGGCCCGUGCGGCGGGUGAGACCGAUGCCAGCCACCGACCAGCAGCGCUGGCGUGGCCGCCAGCCCUUGGCCAAUCCCGGGGGCGAACCAGUCGGCCGCCCGGGCAUCCUCCGCCGACCGGCCCCAUGGCCCAUGGAGGAGGCCAGUACUGACGAGGAGUUAGGAGAGGACGCCGAGGAAGACGAGGAGGACGCCGACUCGGAGGAGGAGCUUCCCCGGUGGACCCCCUGCCUCCAAACGCCCAGGUCCGCGCCCUCGACGGAUGGGUUACCGAGGACGGGUGGGUACCCAUCGCCAUCCUGCGCGGUAUUGACGGACACCUGCGCCAGCAGAGACGCCGGGAGGUGCGCUACCUGGAGGAGGUAG